UUGUCCGAGUCUCUGGCAUACCGCCUGCGUGGCCAGAUAGAAGGUCAGCAGGCUGCGCCAGAAGUUCCAGAGCCGGCAGUAGCUGCAGAACCAGCCCCUCCCCAGAUUCCCCUUGCUCCUGUCCCUCCCCCAUCCCUGGCCCCUAGUCCCCCACCUAUCUUCACUGCCCCUCAAGUCCCUGAACCUCCCAAAAUCAGUGACUAUAUCCCUGAACCUGAGCCCCAAGUGACUGAACCUCUGCCAACGGGUGAGUCUCGCCCACCGACUGAUGGAAGCUUUGAAGCUUUUCCCUCUGGUGCAGCAGAAGUGGCUGAGCCUUCCCCUCUGGACCUCUCACCUCCAGCUGUGCCGGUGGAGCAGCCUUCAACUGGCACAGCUGUGGCUGAGGAGUCCAAAGUAGAGAUUGCUGUUGUUGCUGAAGAGUCUAACGCUGGAGUUCCUAGUUCUGGCGAAAGUUCAGAAGCUGUUGAUGUUGUUUCCUCUGAUUCUCUGGCUUCCUCUCCUCUCUCUGACAAUCCUCUUGCUGACGCUGUAGCUGCUCCUGCAGUCCCCUCUCAGGAAGAUAGUCUCACAGCCACAACUGAGUCCAAUGCCAUUGUGGCAGAAGAGGUGCAGCUGCCUUCAAAGGACACACUAUUGGCAGCUGCUUUUGCUAGUGACGUAGUGGAAACUCCAGCUGCAGCCCCACAAGAGGAAGUUGAAGUACAGCCUCCAGCACUCAUUGUGCCAUUACCACCACCAGCAUCCCAGGGAGAAGAGGUCGUGGCCAGCGAACCCACUGCGGCCCCUGAUAUUGGCAUUGCUGUGAAGUCUGGAGCUGGCCCAACGCUGAGCCAGCCUGCAGGCAGCAUACCACCAUGGUCUAUUUACGCUGAGGAGGCUCAUCUUAUGGUGAUGCGCCUUAGGGAGGAGAAGGAACAAGAGAUGAAGAAACUCAACAUGGACUGGCACAAGAAGAUGGAGGCACGUGAGGAGGAGUUUACAAAAAUAGCACGACUCUCAGAAGAACAAGUAACAAUUGCCCUCAAGGAAGUGGAAAAUCUCUUCAUGAAGGCAACCUGCUCACCAGUCUGCCAGAACCACCAGGAAGCUGUCAUGAACUGCUACAAUGAUCAUCCCCAGCAGUCCCUGCGAUGUGCUCGAGAAGUGGAGCAAUUCACCCAAUGUGUUGAUUUAUCACGCCUUCAAUCUGUUCUGAGGCAGAAAGCAAACUAAUUGUAUAUGGAAAUUAUGUAUGAAGCUCUAGUGUAAUUAUUUUCUCAAUGGAUAUGUAAUGUUAAUGCUUUUCUAGCAUCGUUAAUAAUUGUACAGUUAUAAGGUGGUGUAAAUGUUUUCAGAGGAUUUAAGGAAAAUUCUCUAUGUACAUUACUCAAAAGAUUUUAUUACAUAAAGUAUGUA